AUGCUCGCCUUAACCAGCCUCUCUCACACCGCUCGGCUGCGCUGGCUUCUUGAGCUCUGGGGUUAUGGGAUAUUGGCUGAGAUUGAGGCUGAGACCGAGGCUGAGACCGAGGCUGAGAUCGAGGCUGAGAUCGAGGCUGAGAUCGAGGCUGAGAUCGAGGCCUGGAUCGAGGCUGAGAUCGAGGCUGAGGUCGAGGCUGAGAUCGAGGCUGAGAUCGAGGCUGAGACCGAGGCUGAGAUCGAGGCCUGGAUUGAGGCCUGGAUCGAGGCUGAGAUCGAGGCUUGGAUUGAGGCUGAGAUCGAGGCUUGGAUUGAGGCUGAGAUUGAGGCCUGGAUCGAGGCUGAGAUCGAGGCUUGGAUCGAGGCUGAGAUCGAGGCUGAGAUCGAGGCUGAGAUUGAGGCUGAGAUCGAGGCUGAGAUCGAGGCUAAGAUCGAGGCUGAGAUUGAGGCUGAGGUCGAGGCUGAGGUCGAGGCCUGGAUUGAGGCUGAGAUCGAGGCUGAGAUCGAGGCUGAGAUCGAGGCUGAGAUCGAGGCCUGGAUCGAGGCCUGGAUUGAGGCCUGGAUCGAGGCCUGGAUCGAGGCCUGGAUCGAGGCUGAGAUCGAGGCUGAGAUCGAGGCCUGGAUCGAGGCUGAGAUUGAGGCUGAGAUCGAGGCCUGGAUCGAGGCUGAGACGCCAAAGAGCAGAACUGACGACAGAGAUAGAUCCACAGAGACGUGUUGUUGCUGCACAGUCAACACUAACAACAAACUAAAGCAGCAGCAGCGACAGAAGACCUUGGUGCAGAUGUGUGAGGUGAGGAUGGUUGGAGGCGAGUUUCUGCUCCAGACCUUGGUGGUGAUUGCACGGCUCGCACUGGGACCGGACCAGAGGCUUUUUGCUCCGGUCUUUCAUCUUAUCCAUGAGGGAGCAGUCUCUGAGGAGGAUACAAGACAACAACAUAACAAUGUGCUCCCGUAA